UAAAAAUGCGAGUAUCUGUCAUUCAGGAUCUUAGGGAAGAUGAAAGUGAGGAUGGGGAAGAAGAAGAAGAAAAGGUCUUCCUCAAGCCUGUUAUUGAGGACAGAAAUAUGGAACUGGCCCGAAAGUGCAGUGAAAUGAUAAGUGAUAUACACUAUAAAGAAGAGUUUAAAAAGUCUAAGGGCAAGUGUAUAUUUGUACCUGACACCCCACAGCUAAAACACGUGAAAAGUCUUGGUGCUUUUAUUUCUGAGGUAAAGUACAAAGGAGCUGCUAAGAAAGACCUUUCGAACUCUCUUUAUCAGCAGAUGCCAGCCACAAUUGACAGCGUAUUUGCAAAAGAGUUAACACAAGUUCAGAGCAAGGUUCUCUAUAAACAAAAACAUGAUGCUGAGAAAGGAACUUCAGAUUAUGCACAUAUGAAGGAGCCUCCAGAUAUUAAGCAUGCAAUGGAAGUCAAUAAAUACCAGAGUGAAGUAUCCUAUAAGAAGGAUGUGCAAGAUACUCACAGAUACACUGAAGUGCUGAACAGGCCAGACAUAAAGAUAGCAACUGAGAUAACAAAGAUAAUAAGUGAUGCUGAGUAUAAGAAAGGAAGGGGAGAUAUGAAUAAGGAGCCUGCUGUACUUGGAAGACCAGAUUUUGAACAUGCUAAAGGAGUUUCAAAACUGUUAAGCCAAGUGAAAUACAAAGAGCAGUUCAAUAAGGAAAUGAAGAGCCACCAGUACAAUCCUCUUGACAGUGCUUCCUUCAAGCAAGCACAGAUUGCAUCCACCUUGGCAAGUGAUGUAAAUUACAAGAAAGAUUUGGAAAACCUACAUGAUCCAGCCUCUGAUCUACCAAACCUGCUAUAUUUAAACCAUGCUUUAAAUAUCAGCAAAACGCACAGUGAUGUCAAGUACAAGGAGAAUUAUGAAAAAUCUAAAGGCAAAUCAAUGCUGGAGUUCGUGGAUACACCAAUGUAUCAAGUUUCAAAAGAGGCUCAAAAGAUGCAAAGUGAGAAAAUGUAUCGCAAAGAUUUUGAAGAAGAGAUCAAAGGAAGACCCUCAAUGGACUUAGACAAGACCCCAGAGUUCUUGCAUAUAAAACAAGUCACUAACCUUCUGAAAGAGAAAGAGUAUAGGAAAGAUUUGGAAGAAGGGAUGAAAGGAAAAGGAAUGACAGUGUUUGAAGAUACACCAGAUUUGAUUAGAGUGAAAAAUGCAGCUCAGAUACUAAAUGAGAAACAAUACAAGAAAGACCUGGAAACUGAAAUUAAAGGGAAGGGCAUGGAAGUUGGUCCAGAUACUCCUGAGAUAAAACGAGCCAAGAAAGCUUCUGAAAUUGCAAGCAUGAAAGAAUACAAGAAAGACUUGGAGAAUGAAAUUAAAGGAAAGGGAAUGGAAGUGGGCAUAGAUACGCUUGAUAUACAACGAGCUAAAAAAGCUUCUGAAAUUGUAAGCCAGAAAAAAUAUAAAAAGGAUCUGAAGACUGAAAUUAUAGGAAAAGGGAUGCAAGUUGGCCCAUAUACUCCUGAAAUACAACGGGUUAAAAGGGCUUCAGAAAUGGCAAGCCAGAAAAUGUACAAAGCUGAAGCAGAGAAAAUGCUUGGUAACUAUUCUACUGUCCCAGAUACUCCAGAGAUGGAGAGGAUAAAAAGUACUCAGAAAAACAUCAGUUCAGUGUUUUAUAAGAAAGAAGUAGGAGCUGGCACGGCUGUAAAAGAGACUCCAGAGACUGAAAGAGUAAAGAAAAAUCAACAGAAUAUUAGUUCGAUUAAAUACAAGGGAGAAAUUCAGCAUGCAACAGCUAUUUCUGAUCCACCUGAACUAAGGAGAGUCAAGGAAAACCAGAAGAAUAUCAGCAAUGUUCAGUACAAAGAGCAGCUCUGCAAAGCUACGCCUGUGACUGUCACCCCUGAGAUUGAGAGAGUCAAGAGGAAUCAAGAGAAUGUCAGCAUGGUUCACUACAGAGAGCAGCCUGGCAAAGCUACUGCUGUGAGUGUCACUCCUGAGAUAGAGAGAGUCAAGAAGAAUCAAGACAAUAUCAGCUCGGUCAAGUACAGCAGUGAUCACAGGCAGAUGAAAGGUAGACGUAGUGUGCUUCUAGACACACCUGAGCUAAGACAUGUCAAAGAAACACAAAACAACAUCUCAAUGGUUAAAUACCAUGAAGAUUUUGAGAAGACAAAGGGCAGAGGCUUCACCCCAGUGGUAGAUGAUCCUGUAACAGAGCGGGUGCGGAAAAACACCCAGAUUAUGAGUGAUGCAGCAUAUAAAGGUGUGCAUCCACAUAUUGUUGAAAUGGAUAGAAGACCUGGAAUCAUUGUUGAUCUAAAAGUUUGGCGCACAGAUCCUGGCUCCAUCUUCGACAUUGAUCCCCUGGAAGACAAUAUUCAGUCUAGGAGUCUGCAUAUGCUUUCUGAAAGAGCAAGCCGUUACAGUAAGCAGUAUUUACAUUCUACCAGUUUGGGAGAUUAUAAAUCAGAUGGCUCUGACACGAACCCUACCUUUUCUUACUGCAGUGAGAUAACAAGGCCAUCUGAUGAAGGAGCCCCUGUUCUCCCUGGGGCAUAUCAGCAAAGCCAGUCUCAAGGAUAUGGGUACAUGCACCAGACCAGUAUGUCAUCCAUGAGGUCCAUGCAUUCACAGCCUCAUUCAGCAGGUCUGAGAACAUACAGAGCUAUGUAUGACUACAGUGCUCAAGAUGAAGAUGAAGUUUCCUUCAGGGAUGGUGAUUAUAUCAUCAACGUGCAACCAAUUGAUGAUGGUUGGAUGUAUGGUACUGUUCAGAGAACUGGGAAAACAGGAAUGCUUCCAGCAAAUUAUAUUGAGUUUGUUAACUAAUUUUUGUCUCUAGUCCUUUGAGCUUUAUUAUGAUUUACUCAAAAUCUAACCUUUUAGAAAAAGUCAGAAGAAUCUUUUAUGAGUACAUGUUCAUUACUUUAUCACUUCUAUAAAAGUCUGCAUUCUCACUCAGAAUCUACUUUAGAGUCCUUUACAGAUAAAUAAUCAACAAGAAGCUCAGAACUUUGAAAACAACAUUGCUUAUAAUAGUGCUCCCUCAAAAUGAAAAACAUAAAUGAAAGCCUGGUGCUGCUCAUCUUAUAAAGAUUUCAGUCAAUUUGCUGUAAAGGGGCAAUACCUUUUCCCUACACCUUAAAGAUAUUAUUUCUCUUUAUUAUAACUAUAAAAUUGAUUCACUUCUUAUGGCACUCUGAAGUCACAGGAGGCUAACCCACUGAAUUUGAACACAUCUUAAAAUUAGGGAGGUGUAUAAUGUUUGAGCAGUUAGAAUUUUAAUAAAAAUAAAAAUGUUGAGUUGAUAAUUCGAUCUUUUGAGGUAAUGACAAGUAAUAUGGUAGUUAAAAAAACAAAGAAAAGAUCCUACUGCCCAGCAGCCUUACAGUAAACAAGUCUACUUUGACAGCAAAAAUUUCCUGACUCUCACAUAUCCACACUUUUCCUGGAUUACCCAUUUUCUCCUGUUCCCAACAGUGACCUCUUCUAUCAGCUUUGCUUGCAUCCUGGUCCAUCAGUUAGAUCCAUGUCUGGAUUCAUGGUUCUUCAGUAUCUUUUCCAGAGAAAAUUUCUUGCAAAGACUAUGUAGAGUAAUAAAACCUGUCAACUCUUCUGUUUCCUUCUAGUAAUACUUAGCAUUUAAGUAGAAAGUUUCAUUAGGGCAAUGUACAAUCAAUGAUACUUCAUGUUAGUUCCAGUACCCUCACCUGAACUGCUGUAAAUAAAUAGCCUAUGUGAGGCCCUGGUGUUGUGCAGUCACACAAAGCCUGGGGCCUCAUCCCUCCUCCUUAUCACAGGUAAUGUGCUUAAUGGCUGCUUUGCUGAUGAGCUAAUGUACCUACCCCUCCUGCAGGAAUACUUGCACCUCCCUUGAGGAGUGGAGAAGAGCUCUGGUUAUUGUAGUGCAUUUCAGCUCAAUGGCCUGUUGAUUCAGUUUCCUCCAGAAAUCUUGGUGAUCCAACACUGGGUUCUAUGCUUACCAAUAGAAUAAUGAUGGAAAAGUAUUAUGUUUUCUUUUACUGAUUUAAUCUUUCUCAUAACUGACACUGAAGGGAAAACUAGCCAAACAAGUCCAACAUUCUCCAUGUCAUCAUGCUUCAGAUUAGCCAUCUGUAGAAAUAACUUUGCUGACAAACCUUCAUGUGCACCAUUUGGUGUCCGUUAACUUAUGAUCAGAACUGAAGGAUCCAGGUCUUGGUCAGUGAGGCUGAGCAGAGGAUCAAAUAACUGGGGACAUAAUGGACCUGUAAGAGGGGCUGUGUCAGUGGACUUGAGAUACAGGGAAGCUGCUUUUGCUUUAACUGGGUGCCAGGAGGGUGCCAUGUUCCCUCUCAGGGGGAAACUCUGGGAGGAAGAACAAAAGACUCACAUGGGACAAGUUAAUUUUGGAGUAACUCUCAGAAUGUUGAGCCUGUGCUGGCUUUCUUCCACUUCUGAAGUUUUUGAAGUAGAAUUAAAUAUAGAGUUUAUAGACAAUUUUGUAUUUUUCAUUUCAUCAAGUAAGCAAGCCUGCAAUUGCUGUUUAAAGAAGGAAGGCGGUAUGGACGGAUUACGUUAACUGAAAGUUCUCAGCACAAAUACCUGCUAGUUCUAUUUUUGCAUACAAUUAGUAAUUGGAAGGCUUAUACAAUAUUUUAGGGUGUUGUUAACAUGGGGCUAAUCCUAGCUGCCAAACAGAUGGUGUAAUCACUGCAUAAAAAAAAAAAUGUCCAAGACUGUGGAAUUGCCCAUGCUUUUUUGUCAUUUGUAUAAUUUUAAGGCUAAAGCUCACCAGGACCAUCUAACUUCAAAUAAAGUAAUUUAAAACCAGGAAUGUGAUACUGUAAAUAGGCAAUCUCUAUGGGUCACACUGCUAUAAUUUUAAAUUCUUGAAAGUUUUGCAUAUAGAGCUGCUUCUGCAACAGGCCGUUAUGCAUUACUGGUGACUUCCACAUUAAAGUAGCAGGCUUUGCAAGUCAAAUAGCUUUUUCAAAAGGCUGAAGUGGUGAGCUGAGCUAGAAGCUCUGAAACAAGCAGUCUGCUUCUGUGUUGGUGUUCAUUACAAGCCCUCAACAGCAAAGAGAAGAAUCCCUUCUUACUAUGGCUGGCAAAUUUUUCUGAUGAUGCCGGAGGCAGAAUUGGAUAUCACUGCUGUACUGCUCCGUUAGCUGUGUAAUGCUGACAACAAUAAAAACAAGUUGUCAGUUUAUUAAACAGAUAUAACAAAAAAUAUAGGGAACAGAUGUAUUUCAUCAAGUUGCAAUUUUUCGUGACUUACAAAAGCAGAAGUCUCCACCUAUAAUAAAUACGCUAGCAUUUUUCCUAAGUGAGGAGAUGGCUUGCAGUGCUGCACACAGUAUGUAUAAUGAAAAGGAAAUCAGAAAAUGGUCAUUUGAUGACGUUAGAGGACUAUGUUAUGUUAAACAAUGGAAAUGAGAUUUCCUUUAUUAAUUUGGAAUAUUCAUUAGCCUGGCAAAGCAGCUAAAGCAAUUUGCAAAUUAAAAAAGAUCAAGAAAACAAAACAGUAUGUGAAUUGUAUUUCUAUUGUGAGAAUGGUAUGUCAGCAGAAUUAUUAAGAUCUGUUUGAAGUUACUCAUUCAUGUAAUCAGUUUUUCAUGUUGUAUAUGCUCAGUAAUUUAUGUUCAUAUGGAAUAGUUCCUGCUUUUUGACUUUAGUCUCAUUAUGCAGCUUUGUUCUGAGCAAUGCUAUCAAAGCCCCAAAAUUCUCAGAGUGCAUUUCUGAACAUAUUUUUUAAGAUCUCAAAUUCAUAAUCUAAAAUUUUGUAAGGGAAAGUAAGUCAGCAACUAAACCAUGCCAGCACAGGUUUUACAAGACAUGUGUAGGAGCCUGUUACAUGCAGUGGGAUGUAGGGUUGAACAGAUGUUACAUGCUGUCUUGUCAAUUUUAAGGUGUGUAUUCCUUUUUAACACAGCACGUUCCUCUCACUGUACUUUCUUCCUGUAGGCAACAUUUUUCUGAGGAAAGGACUUUUUAGGAGCCAAAUUUCCCAAGAUGUUCCAAAAUUCAGGUUGGAAGGUCACAUAUUCCCAUUUUAAGCAUUUUAGAAAUAAAGAAGAUACAGUGUGUGCUGUAAUUCUUGGUAACAAGUAUAAAUACAGAAAACAACAUAGAGCAUAUUCAUACAUAUAUACAGAACAAAUGGGUGCCUUGCUUUUCAUUACUCUUUCUUGCCUGGCUAAUCUUCAUUUUCUAAACAAAGCUACUUACAGAUACUGCAGUUGUAAUUUUUCAUUAUGGAACAUUAGCAUUUAAUCUUGAUGAAACAGGGUUUUCUUGAUUACAUUUGACAUACCAUAAACCACUUCAGCAGACAGGGAUUUGACAGAGAAUCACAUCCCAUGGAUCAUUUUUUUGACAAAUGUGUCCCUGCUGAGUGUUCCUUGGGGCUAUGGAAGGUCUCCAAUACUUGGGAAAGGUAAUAAUUCUAGUUUUUAUUGUACAGUGACUGGAUGUCAACUUGUACAAUGAAAAAGAAAUCAUAAAUACAGAAGUCUUUGGCAGAAAGUGGUACAGGGUAUAAAAUGUUAGGUUUUAAUUAUGUUGAUAAAUCCUCCAUUUAGAAUACAGAAUGUGCUUUAGUUAGCAAAUGUUUAAAUAAUAUACUAUACCAGACAAAAUAUGCUGUUGAAAGAAGAUCUCCAAACUGAUGUGCUGGCAAAUGCAAAGUGCUGGUGAGCUGUAGAAGAAGAAACCAUUUUGCAACGCUUUAGUGAUUUUCUCCAGCUUUAUGCCGUAGGAACCCCAUCUCUCCUUUUGAAAGAAAACCUGAAAGCUCUAUUUCCUAAACUGCCUGCACUACAACAGUAUAUUCAAGGGAAUUUCAUAUGCUUCUUGUGUCUGAUAAGUAGAAUUUGCAUAUUGUACUUAAGUUGUAAUCCAGUUGUUGUUGACAUUUGUUUAAUUAUUAUUAUUUUAGGGGGGAAAUAAGCUAUACUGUAGCAUUUAAAUCGUGUAUUUAAUAUUACUAUUAGAAAAUGCUAGACCAUUGGAAGACAGCGAUGACUGUAUUGACAUUGAUUAGCAUGAUGUGGAAACUCUCUCAGCUGUUGGUUUUUGCAGUGUGAUAUAAAAAGCAAAAAUGAACCGCUGUGCAGUUUGGCUUAUGUUUGCUUUAAAGUGUGUAAAGUUUUAGUUAUUUUGCAAAACUGUACUGUAUUUGGGAGUAUACAGUUAUGAAGGUAACACUUGUUAUUCAAAGGACAGAUAUACUUACUCUUGGAUCAUAUGAUGUAUCAUCUUAAUUUGGCUUUUGUUAUGCAGAAAGUUAACACCAGCUAUUAAAAUAUAUUUUAGUAGAAAUGCUUUAAUUCCUGUUUCUUCCUCUACACUGUGAAUAUUUAAGCCUUGGUGGACUAGAGCAACAUCAUGCUGCCCAAAGUACUAACCUAUGCAAACUAGUUCACAUUUUAGUUGAUGUCACAGUGGAUGUAACAUAGCAAUUUAUUUUGCAUAACAUUAAAGGUCAUUCAAAUAAAAUAUUAAACCCA